AUGUCGUUCUCUAUUGAGUACGCGAAGAGCGCACGCUCGAAAUGUGUGCAUUGCAAGAUGGCGAUCGAUAAGGACUCUAUCCGCAUCGGAAUCCUCGAACCCAGUUCUAAAUUUGACGGCGAGUACUACACGUGGCACCAUACGUCGUGCUUCUUCGACAAGCGCAAGGACGUGCACGACCCCAACUCCAUCAAGAACUUCUCCCUCCUGCGGCCGACGGACCAGCCCAAGAUCAAGAAAUUCCUGGAUAAGAACAAGCCGGCCCCGGCGGCUGCGGCUGCAGGUGGCGACGCCGGCGGCGAAGGUGAAAAGGGGGGCGAUUCGGGCGCAGCGGCCGCAGGCGCGUCGGGCAGCGGCGACUUCAAGAUCGAAUACGCCAAGAGCAGCCGGGCCAAAUGCGUGCACUGCAAGACCAACAUCGAGAAGGACACCAUUCGCAUCGGCAUCCUCGAGCCUUCCUCCAAGUUCGACGGCGAGUACUACACGUGGCACCACGCGUCGUGCUUCUUCGACAAGCGCAAGGACGUCAAGUCGUCGGCGUCGCUCAAGGGCUUCGAUCUCCUGCGCCCGGCCGACCAGCCCAAGAUCAAGCGGUUCACCGGCGAGGGCGAUUCGUCGGCAGUCAAGCGCAAGGCCGAUGACGAAGCCGCCGGCGAGAGCAGUGCGUCGACGACGACCGAGUCUGAUGAGCCGCCCAAGAAGAAGGCCAAGGUCGUGGUCAAGAAGAAAAAGAAGGCGCCGACGAUCGACCCGGACAACAUGAAGGUGGACGAGCUCAAGGCCGAGCUGCGCAGGCGCGAGCUCGACACGCGGGGCCGGAAGGCCGACCUCCAGGAGCGCCUCAGGGAGGCCCUCGCCGAGGCGGGCGAAGACGGCGGCGAGGAUGGGGAAGAGGAGGAGGAGGAGGUCGACGAAGAGGAAGAGGAGGAAGAGGAAGAGGGAGGCGAUGACUACGUCACCAAGCUGUGGGAGCUGAAGGACAAAAUCAUCGACCGGCUCUCCACCAACGAAAUGAAGCAGGUCCUCCAGAAAAACGAGCAGUACGACAAGGGUGGAGCGCAGGACUUGGCCCACCGCAUUGCCGAGGGCGUGCUCAAGGGCGCCAUCCCCACGUGCCCCAAGUGCGAGAAGGGCGUGUUGUCGUACGAGGACGGCGCCUACCUCUGCCGGCACAAGGCCACCGAGUGGAGCAGCUGCACGUUCACGGCCAAGGACGACGAGGUCGACCGUCUCCCCUGGAAGAACCCCAAGUGGUGGGCCGGGAAGAUGAAGGACGACAGCAAGAAGCGCAAGGCCGCCACCAAGGGCACCAAGCGUGGCGCUGCGUCCGAGGCCAAGAGCCAGACGUCGUCCAAGCGGAGGAAGGUCGAGUCCGAGGAGGAGGAGGAGCCCUCGGGUCCCGUGUUCGAGGGCGUCAAAUUCGUGCUGCUCGGCGAGCUGUCCAAGCCCCACGACGACUGGACCAAGGUCAUCAAGGAGCACGGCGGCUCUGUCCUCGAUAAGCUCAAUACGGGCGUCCGCUUCAUCGUGGCCUCCCGUGACGGCAUCUCCAAGAACCAGGACGUCAUCAAGAAGGCCAUCGAGAAGCAGGUCCCCGUGCUCAACGAGGACUUCCUGCACGACUCCCUCACGGCGAAGAAGAUGGAGGACCAGAGCCUCUACCGUCAGCCGCUUAGCGAGAUCGAGCGAGGCGAGGAGAAGAAGGAGGAGACCAAGGACACCGCCGCCACGAGCGCGACCGCCACCACGACCGACACCAAGGCCGAGAAGUCGAAGGAGGAGCAGUUCAAGGAGUCCGGGCGGAUGAAGGUGGUGCGCAAGGGUCGGGCCGCUAUCGACGCCUUCUGCGACAAGGCCGAGUUUGUGCACGUACUGGAGCAGGGCGACACCAUCUACAACGCCAUGCUCAACUACUCGGACAUCAGCGCGGGUCCUCGUGGCCGCAACGGUUUCUACUGCCUUCAGCUGUUGGAGCACGACCGCCUGCCCCAGUGGUACGUCUACCGCAGGUGGGGCCGAGUUGGCACGUCGGGCUCCAACACCUGCCACGACUACGAGGACCGCUCCGACGCCAUUGAAAAAUUCAAGGAAUUGUACUACGAAAAGUCGGGCAACAACUGGGACGAGCGUCACGCGUUUGAAAAGAAACCGGGCAAGUUCUACCCCAUCGAUUUGGACUACGGCACCGAGCAGAAGGACGUUGAGCUCAUCGACGUCUCCAAGUCCACCGGUUCCACGCUCGACCCUCGCGUGCAGCAAUUGAUCUCGAUCAUGUUCGACAUUGAGAUGAUGAAGAACACCCUCAUCGAGCUCGAGAUCGACGUCAAGAAGAUGCCCCUCGGCAAGUUGACGAAGCGCAACAUCCAGAACGGCUUCGAGGUGCUCAACGAGAUCCAGGCCGUGCUGGACAGCGGCGAGAAGAACCAGGAGGCCCGGCUGCUCGACCUCACCAACAAGUUCUUCACCAUCAUCCCGCAGGACUUUGGCGAGGAGAGGCCACAGCCCAUCGACAACCUGGAGACGCUCAAGAAGAAGGUCGACAUGCUGGAGGCGCUGCAGGACAUCGAGAUCGCCACCUCGCUGCUGCAGGGCGACAGCGCGUCCGGCUCCGCGCUGGAUGACUGCUACAAGAAGCUCAACACCGCCAUGUCGCCGCUCGACAAGAGCUCCGAUGAGUACAAGACGCUCAAGGAGUAUUGCGAGAAGGGCCACGACACCAAGUACUUCCGCGAUUUCACGCUCGAGGUGGAGGACAUUUUCGCGGUGAAGAGGGUGGGCGCCGACGAGCUCUUCGCGCCGUGGAAGGACAAUACCAACCGCCAGCUCCUGUGGCACGGUUCUCGGCUUUCGAACUUCGGUGGUAUCCUUUCGCAGGGUCUCCGUAUCGCGCCGCCCGAGGCCCCCAAGUCCGGUUAUCGCUUCGGCAAAGGAAUUUACUUUGCCGACUGUGUCUCCAAGUCGGCCUCGUACUGUCGCACGUCCAAGGAGGCCCCCACGGGUAUCAUGCUGCUGAACGAGGUCGCGCUGGGCCGUAUGUGCGAGCUGCUCGACGACAAGUACAUGGAGAAGCCCCAGCCGGGCACCGAUUCGACCAAGGCCCUCGGCGCCACCGCGCCCGACCCCAAUCAGGACAUCUUCUGGAAUGGAGUGAAGAUCCCGCGGGGUGCGCCCAAACACACGGGCAUCCGGUCGUCGUGCUCCCACAACGAAUUCAUCGUGUACGACGUGGCCCAGGUGCACAUCAAGUACCUCCUCAAGAUCAAGUUCAACCACAAGUGGUGA